AUGCUUUUUCGCUCUGUGGGAUUUCUUCGCGUUCCAACUAUUGUUUCCACAAGAUCAAGGUCAAAACGUCACGUCCAGGAUGACGGCUCUGACUCUAACUACUACCGCUACACUGGCGGACGUUGGUUGUUUAACGAGGCUCAGCAGCUUGCAGCUCGCUAUGUCCGGUUCAACAUUAGGCCAUUAGUAGCUAUCGAGCCUCCAUCAUGCAUCAGAAUUGAGAAACUGCCGGAAGGCAACUUUAAUAAGAGUCUUCUUCUUACUAUGGCUAAUGGAUCCCAGGUCGUCGCCCGGUUUCCAAAUCCCAACUGUGGUAUUCCGCACUACACAACCGCCAGCGAAGUCGCGACGAUGGAUUUGUUUGUGCUCAAAGCACUUUUCGGUGAGCUUGUCCGCGCAGAGUACAUCGUUAUGGAAAAAGUGCCUGGCUCUUCUCUUGCACACGUCUGGCCACAAUUGAGCAAUGGACAAAAGAGGGAUAUUAUCCAGGCCAUUGUUAAGUUCGAAGCUAAAAUAGUCAACCUCCGCCUUGGCGGCAUUUGUGGGAUCAAGCACCUACUAGCUCUGGGCUUGAAGGAUACUUGUCAACGCUGGGUCCUCGGACCUACCACUGACCGGCGCUUUUUCGAUGAUGGAAGAGGAGAGCUCUGUUUGGAUCGGGGCCAUUGGAACACUGCAGAAGAGUACAUAACAGCAAUCUGUAAUCGGGGGUAUCAACCUGAUUGUGCUCUCAAGCUUUCGGUGUGCCGCGACGUUCUAAAGGUUGUCGAUUAUAUCCCGCCGCAUGACGACUGUCAAGUGCCUGUUCUGUGGCACAAGGACCUAAAUCUCGAUAACAUGUUCUUGGACCCAGAGAGGCCUACGGAGAUUAACGCCCAUGUGGUGCCCCUAUUUGAUCAGAUUACGUAUCCUACUUUUCUGGACUACAAGGAACCGGAGCCCGAAGGCCUCAACACACCUACUCUACCGGAGAACUUUGAAGAGCUUGAUAAUGACGCAAAGAAACAUGCAAGGAAAUUGCUUAAUCCGCCCUACAAGGACCUCCUGAUGAAACUCGCCAGCACAUGGGAUGAGCUUAUCAGCAGCAAGGGAGGUCCUGCGUGCCCUCUAGUGUACUCCGCUGCAGGCAUCGAGCGCCAGCAGGAAUUGGAGAGAAAGUGGGUAGACGGGAUAAGACUAAUGGACAAUGUACUAGAAUCAUUAGGCGGAGCUGUUCGCAGAUGGGACGGUUGGAUGAGCCAUGAGGAUUAUGAGGCACUCAAGCAAAAAACUUGCUGUUGUUUGAGAACAGUUCAUUGAGCAUUUUGCUGGCGAUAAUAAAGAGGCUGCUGAGAUGUGGGCAUCAGCAUGGCC